GGACGAUAUUCCGCCGGGUCAAAUGAGACGCCUGUUGCCGAUGCCAUGGAUUCGUGACUUCACACCCCCGAUAUCGGUCAUUUUUCAGAUGUUCGAAGAAACACGCUACACGGACGGGCUGAUCUUCAUCGACGAGCAAUCCUUGCAUGAUAACACCGCUAUUAUAUUGAAUGGGUACUACGGCCCGGAGCGCGUUGAAGCUGCGCGCGUACCUAUGGACCGAGCCAAUCUGACCCUCGAUGCAUCUCAAGAGCGGUCGCUCGCGGCAGUGGUGCCAAAUUUCAACCAGGUUAAAAUUAUCCCUGAGCGCAGGUCUCAAGUCCGCUUGGGUGAUCAGUAUGAAAUGAUAUAUCGUCUUCCUCUGCAUAUUCCGGCAAACUUCGAGCCGAAGCAAUCCAAAUUGACAUUGAUAUCCCUGGUUCAUCUGUCGGAAGAGGAAACGGGCGCGAUAUUGUCCCGACCCUGGACGAACGAGCAGAUUGAGAACGUGGAGAUAAUCAACUGGCCGGCUGAUAAAGAAUCGUGCUCUCGUGCUGAGAUGUACCACAUCUUUCAAGCUGUCAAGACCCCCAGGGUUCCCAGUAUUGAUCAAGCCUUCGCGAUGUUUAUCGAUACCUGUGAGGAACAUGAACAUGGCAUCAUCUUCGCAACAGAAUGGAAAAAAGAAGGAGAGCGAAGAGGCAACACUGUCCACUUGUCUCGUGUUGAAAAUCUAAGUGACGCCAUAGGAAUCUGGCAGAUGAUUUGGAACCCGUCGCUCACCCACGCACGAGGCGGUGUUGUUAGCUACAACAACUUUAGGGUCAACCCCAGUUUGUUCUACUCGAACAAGUUGGACGACGCGUUUGAGAAGGUUAGCAACCCGGAUGAAUUUGUUGUAUUCGACGAUGCCUGUUUGAUCUUUGUGUUGGAGAAGAUGACAGAUCGAGAUGUGAGAUCCAUGUGUGGAAAAGUCCUCUUGGGCAUUGACCAGGCCCUACAAUUUGUCGACGUUUCGCAGUUCAUCACGACUUCGGAUAUUGAAGGCUUAGUGGCCUUUUUCGAGUCGCCUGAAUUCAUUCAAUCGGGCCAAGAAAUUCCCCAAUAUUUUUUCGCGGUAGACCGUCAUUCGCUAGAGAUCGCCACAGGAGAUGAAGAGGAAGCUCCUUGUAUUAUGCUUGCCGGAAGGAAGCACCUAGAUUUGCUGGUAGAGAAGCCAGACGAGGAAAGGUUUCGAGACGGAGACGAGCCGUAUGGUCGUCAGUGUCUAGGUUAUGAUUAUGCCCGACUUAAUGCUUGCAACGCUGUCGAUGUAUGGACUGACUUGGAGGUCAUGAACAUCGAAUCUUUUGAAAUAUCCGAGGAGAUUGAAACCGCCUACUUUGGUACUGUUUCGAAGUGGGCGGAGGACAAGCAUGACUGGCUCAAAGAGAGUGGGAACCAGUACCUCCAAGCAUACCAUCCCGAGGAUUGCAAUGAGUACUGA